AUGCCGGAUAAAUCGAAAAGACCAACUUCUAGCUGCUCUGGAAAACCGCAAGCACUAAAAAAGAAGACAGUCACAAAAGAGUUAAAAGACUCUGAACGAAGCAGCGCAGAUAUAAAAGUAUCAGAACAGAUGAGUCUGCAGGCACUCGAUGGGAAGCCCGUAGAAUCCACGGAACAGGGGACCGUUGAACUUCAAGGAAGUGCCCAUGGAGGAGCACGCGAUGAAAGGGCGGUAGAAGAAUCAGACACUCCAGACCUGCUCUCGUCAUCGCCCAACCUAGAUGAAGCGACAACGUCCUCUCCAGUACUUGCGAGGCCAGGCACGAGUCUUCAUCGGAUACGUACACAAAUAAGACAAGCGAAAGCUGCUGAAUCCAGGGACGCCUUAAAAGCCGUGUCCGAGACGGAGGAUACCGCUGACUCGGACGUCGACAGCGGAGACACAAACACCUCUCUGGACGCCUCCACACGAUCCAUUGGAGGAAAUCGAAUGCUACUAAAUGAGUUGCCCAGACAUGCGAACGAAAUAUUCCAGCGAACUAAGGCAGAGUUAGAAAAGUCUAGCAACUUAAAAAGAGAAAUUCGAGAAAGUGUCGUGUCGGGGCUAUACAUAUUAUACGAAAUGGUCCUUAAACUAUCUGAUUCAAGAAUGCUGCACAUGCUUGAAUCUAACAAGCAGAAACUGAACACUUCCCGCGAGUCCGAAAGGCUCACGCAAAGACACGCGAGAUUCAUGCACGAAACCUUAGGACAGUAUGCUCUCUUAAAAGAAGACAUUAAGAAAUUACAGAAGGAAACGGAAUCCACCAGAUUAAUACUGUCUUACGACAUUUGUGAGGCUGUCACCGCAACAAAAAGAGAGGUUGUGAACGUAAAAAACGAAAUAUCCACAGGUCCUCCCAUUAAGGAUCAAAUCCAAGCCUUAACGGAGGAAUUUAAACUAUUUCGAGGUAACAUUGACUCUCUUUUAAAGCAAUUUCGGCAAGAAUCAGGCUCUACUCAUCUUGUUGAAGAGCUGAGAGAACUUCGUCGAGUAUUCAACGAAUACGGUCUGAGGAAGGAACCUACUCAGCCACCUUGCAGUCCUCUUACACAAGAUUUUCGCGAUCAGGAGAGUGUGGAACAACAACACCGAAAAACUGAACUACUCCACCAGCAAGUUGUUGACCUGAGAAUGCAACUAAAUGCGGAAGUAGCCGAAAUACGAGAGGAAAUUAACUCUAUGUCCAAAGACAUCAAAGAACUAACUGUCGCUUCCUCUAACUCUCCGUUGCCCUCGGUUCAAGCAAACUUAGAAGAACUCAGAAGGGAAAACAGAGAGCUACGAGAUAUCACAGUGGACUCAGCAGCCCCAAUCCGACUAGCAAUAGAAAGCCUCAGGAAAGAGCUGAAAAACCAGUUAUAUGUCGGGGAAGCAGAUCUUUCAGAACAUAAAUGCAAAUCACAAGACCUUAAUGAUCAGGAACAAAAACACCACUCAACAUCGCAUAAUUAUAGAACCCCCCACUCACCUUCUCGGAAGUCCUGA